CUGACGGGCGGAGGAGCAGGGGCACCUUGCAGAGGAGCUGUGGUUGAGGAGCCAGGGCGGGCAUCCCUUGUCCUGAGCUGAGGGCCAGCAGCAAGCGAGAUGGAGGGCUGCUGGAGGGUGACCAUCGCCUCUGAUAUGGUUUCCCAGUUCCCAGUGCUCCUGAAUCUCUCCCCCAAAGAGACUGAGGCUAUCUGGGAUGCUGUAUCCGAGCAAAUUCUGGAAGCGCUGAAGCAGGAUAAGGCUAUUCAGGUUGCGGGACUCGGGACCUUUGCUGUUCUCCAAGAGCAAUUCCACGUCAAGCAAAAGCGGCUCCUGAUUCGCAAACCGUUCUUCCAGCUGGACAUUGAUGAGGGGUGGCUGGAGUACAUGUACUGUCCCCCUGAGAUCCUCCCUGAUGACGUCGAGGUCGAGCAGCUGAACUACCUGCAGCUAGCGCAAGCCACCUCCUUCCCACUGUACGUGGUGCAGGAGUGUGUGCAAGAGACCAUCAUCUUGUACUGUUGCCUCCUGAAGAACAAGGAGCACGUCCCCUUUGCAUUCAGGGACAUCGGUGUUUUGACGUGCGAGGAUGAUUUCCUGUGCAUGAAGUUUUAUCCGGACUGUGUUAAACGUCUGGAGAGCUCUGAGGACCUCAUUGCAAUGCUCCACAGUAGAAUGUGGCCGGCACACCCGACUGCCUUGAGUGGAGAGACCACCGCUCGUGCGAUCCAGAUGUUCCCAAGGUUUCAUCUGACUGUGAGGACAAGGCCAGAGGCCAAAGUGCGGUUCACCUCGCAGCAGCAAGCUGCAGGAGAGUGCAGGAUGAGAGGAGUUUCAUUGUGCCAUCCUGGCAAGCUGCUGGAGAGGCGGAAGCUUUCCCUCCCCACGGUGAGAAGCUGGGAGCCAGGCACGAGGCAGCAAGAUCUGGAGAAGAAGCCUUCCACCAGUGUGCUCCCCCCGUGUCCAGGCAGCUCCCCCAGGACAAAGAAGACAGACAGGCAGGAAGCAGCUCCUCAAGCCAAGUCCACCAGCACUGCGCUCCCUACUCCCGAAGCCUCUCAGAGAUCGGUGCAGGAGGUCUGGAACCUGUCCUCGCAGUGGGACCAAACAAAGAGCUCGUGGCCCUUGUACCAAAAGCGAAUAAGCAAGCCCGGGCAGAAAUGGCUGCUUGGGAAGCCUGGUCUCAGGGGGAGGACCAGAGACACCUCAGGUACUGGCCGUGACCAACACCGCUGA